AUGUGCAUUGAGAAUCUGACACCUUGGUUGAAACUUCUUCCAUGUCGUGACAAAGCUGGGAUAGCUUCUUUGCUGUACAGGCCUUCAAUUUACAAAGGAUAUUACCAUUCGCAAAAACUGAAACUGAGAUCCUCCAAGUCACUUUGUAUUAUUCUUGAUCAAACUUUGACUGUUGUGCUGCAACCAAAUACUGGAUUCCUGCAUAUAGAUGAAUAUCCUCCUGAUGCUAAUCAAGGAUUUGACAUUCCUUCAGCUUUGGUUAGCUUUCCUGAGUUCAGUUCUGCUCGAAGUUACCCUGAAAUUGAUCCAGUACUUGGAUCUCCUUUACUACAAAAUUUCCAGAAAAAUGGUUACUUUAGACUUCAGAUGAUAAUUUGGUUGAUGCCUUGA